AUGUUUCUGGACAAGCGUAUCCUGAAUUUCACUCCGCCUUGCACACCAUGUAUGUUCAUCUCCUUUCUGCUGGUUCUGCUCCCGGGAGUCACUCAUUUCUCCCAGGGAAGCGCCAGCCAUGACGAUAUUGGCAGCACACCAGCCAACUGCUCCGGUGAAGAUAACUGCUCCGAUGGGGUGGUGCUGCCCAUGUGGAACCCCCAAAACCCUGCAGUUGGUGACAAGGUGGCACGCGCCAUUGUUUACUUUGCAGCUCUCAUAUACAUGUUUCUGGGCAUGUCCAUUAUCGCAGACCGCUUCAUGUCUUCUAUCGAAGUCAUCACCUCUCAGGAAAGGGAAAUCACAAUCAAGAAGCCUAACGGUGAAACGACAACGACUACUGUACGCGUCUGGAAUGAGACGGUAUCCAACCUGACGCUGAUGGCGCUGGGCUCAUCUGCACCAGAGAUCCUGCUGUCUGUCAUUGAAGUGGUCGGCCAUGAUUUUGAGGCUGGAUCCCUGGGUCCCAGCACCAUUGUGGGCAGCGCUGCAUUCAACAUGUUCAUUAUUAUCGCUAUCUGUGUCUACGUGGUGCCAGAAAAUGAAACCCGCAAGGUAAAGCACCUGCGGGUAUUUUUUGUCACUGCUGCCUGGAGCAUCUUCGCCUAUAUCUGGCUGUAUAUCAUCCUGUCUGUGGUCUCGCCAGGGGAGGUGGAGGUUUGGGAGGCCGUCCUCACCUUCCUCUUCUUCCCUGUUUGUGUGCUGCAAGCCUGGAUUGCAGACCGGCGCCUGCUCUUCUACAAGUACGUCCAUAAGCGUUAUCGCGCUGACAAGACCCACGGCAUUAUCAUCGAGUCAGAGGGGGAUGCCAUGUUCACUAAAAUGGACUUGGAGAUGGACGGCCAGGGUGGGAACUCCCACACUCACCCCAAAGAGGCUCUGGAUGGGAUGCUGGAGGGGGUGGAGGAAGGUGGAGGGAUGAGUGCGGAGCAAGAUCAAGAGGAAGAGGCCCGGCGGGACAUGGCUCGCACUCUGAAAGACUUAAAGCAAAGGCACCCGGAGAAAGACAUGGAGCAGCUGAUUGAGAUGGCCAACUACCAAGUGCUGGUCCAACAGCAGAAGAGCCGUGCCUUCUAUCGCAUUCAAGCCACACGCAUGAUGAUCGGAGCUGGAAACAUCUUGAAAAAGCACGCCGCUGACCAGGCCAGAAAGGUGGUGAGCUGCCAUGAGGCCACAGGACAAGAGGAAGAUCCCCACACCAUCUACUUGCAGUUUGAGACAUCACACUACCAGUGCUUUGAGAACUGUGGCUCACUGAAGCUGUCAGUGACCCGGCAUGGGGGAGAAAGUGGCUGCACUGUGAAGGUGGACUACCGUACAGAGGAUGCGACUGCCAACGCCGGCUCAGACUACGAGUUUGCUGAGGGUACUUUGGUCUUCAAACCCGGUGAGACAACAAAAGAGUUCACCGUUGGCGUUAUUGAUGAUGACAUUUUUGAAGAGGAUGAGCAUUUCUACGUCCGCCUGAGUAAUCCACGUAUCGUGCAUCGAGCGGAGGUCUCUGUCCUGGAGCCGAGCUCCAUCACCUCCAGCAACAGCACGGUGGGCCUCUCCCAGGUUCCUCCGAAGGCAGCCCUGGGCAGCGCUCACACUGCCACGGUUACCAUUUAUGAUGAUGACCACGCAGGCAUUUUCACAUUCGAGAGUAACUCCAUGAGGGUCAGCGAGAGCAUCGGCAGCAUGCAGGUGAAAGUUCACCGGACGUCCGGGGCGAGGGGAAAGGUGGCAGUGCCGUAUCACACCGCCGAGGGCACCGCCAAGGCAGGAGAGGACUACGAGGAGGUGUCCGGCAAGCUGGAGUUUCAGAAUGAUGAGACCAUGAAGCUGCUGAAUGUGAAGGUGAUCGAUGACGAGGAGUACGAGAAGAACAAGACGUUCACGAUUGUGUUGGAAGAGCCCAUACUGCUGGAUGUGGGACAGAGACACGGAGACACCAACGAUAACAAGACAGCAGUGGGACCGGAAGACGUGUCAAAGAUGGGGUGCCCCUGUCUGGGUGAGCACACCAAGCUGGAGGUGGUAAUUGAGGAGUCCUAUGAAUUCAAGAGCACAGUGGACAAGCUGAUCAAGAAGACAAACCUGGCCCUGGUGGUGGGGAGCAGCAGCUGGAGGGAGCAGUUUGUUAGUGCUGUCACUGUCAGCGCAGGUGACGAUGACGAGGAAGAGAGCGGGGAGGAACGCUUGCCAUCCUGCUUUGAUUACAUCAUGCACUUUCUGACAGUUUUCUGGAAAGUCCUCUUCGCUUUUGUCCCACCCACUGAGUACUGGAACGGCUGGGCCUGUUUCUUCGUGUCCAUUUCCCUCAUCGGCGCUCUGACAGCUGUGACCGGGGACUUAGCCUCUCACUUUGGCUGCACCGUCGGUCUCAAAGACUCGGUCACCGCUGUGGUGUUCGUGGCCCUAGGCACCUCUGUUCCAGAUACAUUUGCGAGUAAAGUGGCAGCAAUCCAGGACCAAUACGCUGACGCCUCCAUCGGCAACGUGACGGGCAGCAACGCAGUUAAUGUAUUCCUGGGCAUCGGGGUGGCGUGGACCAUCGCGUCCAUUUACUGGAAGACCAAAGGCCAGGUGUUCAAGGUGAACCCGGGCUCCCUUGCCUUUUCCGUCACCGUCUUCACCAUCAUGGCGCUGGUGUGUGUGAUGGUGCUGCUCUACCGCCGGCGUCCAAGUGUGGCAGGUGGAGAGCUCGGGGGCCCACGGACACCCAAGCUCCUCACCUUCUUCAUGUUCCUCUCCCUCUGGUUCCUCUACAUCCUGUUGUCCUCCCUGGAGGCUUACUGCCAUUUGCCUGGCUUCUGAGACAGAGGGCGACACACAGACACAGCUCCUCUCCUUGUUUUUACAGUGUACUGAAUGUGUUUUUUCUCAGUUUUUGUCUAUUUUCACAAAGGUUUAUAACUAUUUGUAUCAUUAGUUAUUAUUGAUAAUGCGCAAUAUUUGAUUGACUUUGAAUCUUUGGACUUCGGAACUUCGCUUCCACCCACUACGGUGUGAAGUUUAGCUUUAGACACUGACAUUAACCCUCUUAUUAACUUGUUAUACUUUUUUUGAAACGGUAUGUUCCACUGGACACUUAUCCAUUCACGGCUAUCAGCAUAAAUCACAUCAAACCUUCUGUCAAUGGAAAUGUAAAACUUCUGGCAACGUGUCCUCUCACUGUGUGGACAAUUAUUUGAAUGUUUAAGUGUUAAGAAAACAAGAUUAAAGCAGUAUUGUGAAAGGGUGUUUAAAUGUGGAAAAUUAAAAAGAUCUUGCAAAGAAAGACAUUACUGAGACUAAGUGACAUAUUUGUGUGUUGAUAUUUACUACUCAAUCUAUACAUUAAUUAUUCAUUGUAUAUCAUGUAAAAGAUGAACAUUGUGUGUGGGAGUUUUGUGAAAGAGUAGGUGUGUUUAUUUUUGCAUGUUAUCAUAGUAAACGUUUCUUGGUGAUCUAUUUUGAAGUAGACCUACUGUACGUUAUAUUUCUGACAUGGCUGUUGACGUGUUGAUGUGUUUUCUGUACAUGUGACUCACAGCUGUAUCAUAAUCUUUUCUGCCUGGCCCCCCCUUACGCACAAAGUUUUCUCAAUCAAUCUCAUGUCCGCCAGGGUUAAAAAUGCCUUUUUUACAACAUAAGUCAACCUGGAGCAGAGUGCACGCUUUAAAUUGUAAUAUGAAGUGUUAAUUCAGUAAGAAAAGUUAGGAUUUUUGAGUGGUGUGUGUGAUGUGUGUGUUUGAAUGUGUGCACAUCUGCUCUCCAGCACAAAUUGACGAAAGGCAUUGCACUAUUUUGCCACUGACUCC